ACGAAAGAUAAAAUUCACAUCACACCAAGCUAAUAUUAUGUAGUUCUGGUGUUUUACACUGUCGGCGCAGAACGUCAGCUCAGAUCUCUGACCAGCUUCUCUGCUUUUCUCUUCUUUAUUACUGUCAGUUCUUCAGAAAAACGAGCUGCUAGCAGCGCUGCUAAUUCACGGUCAUUCCGUAACAAAACGUAAUGAUGGUGUUCCUGUCACUCCCCGUGAUUAAACUCACAAUUACGAUCCUCUGUACUGAGCAGCUCUCUGAUAGAGCAGCUCUCUGAUAGCAGACGGUGUGUUAUUGUAUUAUAACCGAAAAGAGAGAUGUAACUUCUAUCAUGAAUAUAGAUUAGCAAAAAACCCUACAAAUUACAAUGAAAUACUGCUACUUCCGGUGGGCGCCGGAAGUAAGACCAUAAUCGUUUCCACAGUAAACCACCCAGGAAUAAGGUGGAUACAAGGCCCAUGGUCUAUUCUAGCCGACAUGCAAGCUCUAGUGGAUAUUACUUGCACUCUUUUGCUGCUCAAUCCGGACUUCACCACUGCCUGGAAUGUCAGGAAGGAGCUGCUAGAGUGUGGUGCUCUCAAUCCAGAAAGAGACCUUUACCUGAGCAAACUGGCCCUCACCAAAUUCCCCAAAAGCCCUGAGACAUGGAUACAUAGACGCUGGGUGUUGCAGCACAUCCUGCGUCAGUUUUCUGCUGUGGCCCACAAGACUCAGCAGCGGGUUGAAGCAGAGCAGCCUGAUGCAGAGAGGAGCCAGUUUUUGGGUAGUCAUCUGGACAGAUUAAUACACCAGGAGAUGAAGGUGUGCUCUGAUGCUGCUUGUCGCUAUCCUAGUAAUUAUAAUGCCUGGUCCCACCGCAUCUGGGUACUGCAGCACAUGGCCAAAGGCAACAUAAAGGUUUUCCGUGAUGAACUGUCAUCUGUGCAUCCAUGGGUCUCCAUGCACGUAUCUGAUCACAGUGGGUUUCACUACCGGCAGUUCCUUCUCAAGGAGUUACUGAACACUGAACUGAGCCCGUCUUUGUCUUCUGAUUCUGCUAGCACAGUCUUUUGUCCAUCCCAGCACCAGAGCAAUACAGUCCAUAGCACCUGUCCUCAGGCUAAUGGUGAGCUGUCAUUGGCUGAUGCAGCCUGCGGGGAUAGGAUCACUACAGUAUUUAAAAUUUUUUACCAGGAGACUGAACUGUGCGCUGACCUGAUUCAGUCUUUUCCUGGACAUGAAACACUCUGGAGUCACAGGCGGCAUGUGUACUACUUAUGGCACCACUGGAGGCAGGAUCAAGAUCUCUGCACUGAUGGCAGAGAGAAUGAGUUGAAGCCUUCAUGUAUCAAUGAGCCAGAUGGCAGCCAGGGGAGGAGUGUGGACAGACAUAAACAUGCUAGUGUUCCUAUGGAGGUGGAUAGGGUGUCCUUGCCUGACCAUGACAGCAAGCGUCUAAGGAGAGGAAUCCUUCUGCCCAACCUUCUGACCCUACAAAAUGAACACACCUUUGUUAACAGCAUACUGAACAGUUGCUGUAAUGCUGAGCAGAACAACUAUGCUGUGGCAUACAAAAAGUGGUUAGAUACUGUCAUUAGUGCACAGUCUUUAGACAUAUAAGAUCUAGGCCCAUACAUUCAACACUAAAGUGGCCUUUAGAUACUGAUUUAGGAAUAACUUACUUACCUGUAGUUAUAAUUAAAAUGAGGUGUACAUCAACAUGGAGUUACUUUCAGAACUAUCUGCUAUGAGGAGUCAGUAUGCAAGAUCAGUUUGAGCGUAUUCUUCAGAAGUCCUGUUUGAGUGUGAGCUGAGCUACAUAGACCCUGUUUGUGUCUGACAGCAAUUUUUUUUUCUUUGUCUGCCCAGGCCUUAGAUCAAAUUUCUGUUUCUCUUCAUAUGUGUAAGCAAAAAUUAUGUGAAGUUUGUGUAGCAGAAUAGAAUCAGAUGAGAAAGUGGACGAAGAAUUGGUUUUACUAACAGUCGUUAAACAUGAUAGUGUGAAGUUUUAAAAUAGCCAAAUGGAACGAAAAAGUAAAAUAAUGAAAUGAAUUAAUAACUUUUUGCAGUUUAAUUUUUUUUUUCAUGUUAAAUAGCAGACUACUGGAAGCGGUAUCACCUGGAAUUUUUUUUCUGUUAUUUUUCAGCUCUUCACACUGUAUAAAUCUGAUGUAAAAUAUUGCAUACAUGUUUUUGACCUUGAACAUUUUACUAAUGUAUGUACAAUAUAUUCUUUGGUUUGUUUUUUAAUAGUGGUAAACAUAAUGGUAAAGUCAUGUUAAAGAGCUUACAAUAAAAGUUUACCCACUUGUAAUUU